GCUCCCUAGCCGGAAAGAGGCGUGACUCUUCUGGAAAGUUCUCCAGAGGUAUAUAAGGACCGGGGCCAGCCCGGGAAAGCCGCUUGUGUCCGGCUGGUCUCGUGGCAUCUUUUGUAUUUAUUGGUCUGCGCGGUUGAAACAGUUCGCCAUGUCUAAGGGACCAUCUGUUGGGAUUGACCUGGGCACCACCUAUUCCUGCGUUGGUGUCUUCCAACAUGGCAAGGUGGAAAUCAUUGCCAACGACCAGGGUAACAGGACUACGCCAAGCUACGUGGCAUUCACAGAUACCGAGAGACUGAUUGGUGAUGCUGCAAAGAACCAAGUGGCGAUGAAUCCCACAAACACAGUCUUUGAUGCCAAGCGUCUGAUUGGCCGAAGAUUUGAAGAUGCUGUAGUUCAGUCGGACAUGAAGCAUUGGCCCUUCACAGUCGUGAACGAUGCCGGCAGACCCAAAGUCCAAGUGGAAUACAAAGCAGAAAACAAAAGCUUUUAUCCUGAAGAAAUUUCUUCAAUGGUGCUAACUAAAAUGAAGGAGAUUGCAGAGGCCUAUCUAGGAAAGACUGUUACAAAUGCCGUGGUCACAGUCCCAGCUUAUUUCAAUGACUCCCAGCGUCAGGCUACAAAAGAUGCCGGAACCAUUGCUGGUCUCAAUGUGCUCCGAAUUAUUAAUGAGCCAACUGCAGCUGCGAUUGCUUACGGCUUGGACAAAAAAGUUGGUGCUGAGAGGAAUGUGCUGAUCUUUGAUCUGGGAGGGGGAACUUUCGAUGUCUCCAUCCUCACCAUCGAAGACGGCAUCUUUGAAGUGAAAUCGACCGCGGGAGACACCCACUUGGGGGGCGAAGACUUCGACAACCGGAUGGUCAACCAUUUCAUCACUGAGUUCAAGCGGAAGCACAAGAAGGACAUCAGCGAAAACAAGCGUGCCGUCCGGCGCCUGCGCACCGCCUGCGAGCGGGCGAAACGCACCCUGUCCUCCAGCACUCAGGCCAGUAUUGAAAUUGACUCCCUGUACGAGGGCAUUGAUUUCUACACUUCCAUCACCCGAGCUCGCUUCGAAGAGCUGAACGCCGACUUAUUCCGUGGCACGCUGGACCCUGUGGAGAAAGCGCUGCGAGAUGCCAAGCUGGAUAAAUCUCAGGUGCACGAUAUCGUGCUGGUUGGUGGGUCCACCCGAAUCCCCAAGAUCCAGAAACUCCUUCAGGAUUUCUUCAACGGCAAAGAACUCAACAAGAGUAUCAACCCCGAUGAAGCCGUAGCCUACGGUGCAGCUGUUCAAGCUGCAAUUCUAUCCGGGGACAAAUCUGAAAACGUGCAAGAUCUGUUGUUGCUGGAUGUGACUCCUCUCUCCCUGGGUAUCGAGACAGCUGGUGGGGUCAUGACAGUCCUGAUCAAACGCAACACCACAAUCCCUACCAAGCAGACUCAGACCUUCACUACAUAUUCCGAUAAUCAGCCAGGUGUGCUGAUUCAGGUAUACGAAGGAGAGAGAGCAAUGACCAAGGACAACAACUUGCUGGGCAAGUUUGAACUGACAGGUAUUCCUCCAGCUCCAAGAGGUGUGCCACAGAUUGAAGUCACCUUCGAUAUUGAUGCCAAUGGCAUCCUCAAUGUUUCUGCUGUUGAUAAGAGCACAGGCAAAGAGAACAAGAUCACCAUCACCAAUGACAAAGGUCGUCUCAGCAAGGAAGACAUUGAGCGUAUGGUCCAAGAAGCGGAGAAGUACAAGGCUGAGGACGAGAAGCAGAGAGACAAGGUGUCGUCCAAGAACUCCCUAGAAUCCUAUGCUUUCAACAUGAAGGCAACUGUGGAAGAUGAGAAGCUCCAAGGGAAGAUCAAUGAUGAUGACAAGCAGAAGAUCUUGGACAAAUGCAAUGAAAUCAUCAAUUGGCUGGAUAAAAAUCAGACUGCCGAGAAGGAAGAAUUUGAGCACCAGCAGAAGGAACUGGAGAAGGUCUGCAAUCCCAUCAUAACCAAGCUAUACCAGAGCGCUGGAGGGAUGCCUGGUGGUAUGCCCGGUGGCAUGCCUGGCAGCUUCCCUGGGGGUGGGGCACCCCCCUCCGGAGGAGCGUCCUCUGGACCAACCAUUGAGGAGGUGGACUGAAGGUCCAAGACACGUGGCACUCCGUGGGCCACCUUCAGAACUUGAAGGACUGAAGACCGUAACCAAGGGCAUUCUUGAUAACUUUGAAAUAUGUGCACAGGGAAGGGAAGCAAACACUGCACUUUACCAGUAUCAGUACUGUAUAAGGAACAAGUGAAAAUGUAAUUCCAAUCCCAAUAAACUUAUUUAAUUGGCAAC